GUUAGUGACUCGGAACUCAGUGGUCGUCUAGUCGGCAAAUUUUCUCUUGGAUAAUGUCAAAUCGCACCGGUCGAUAUCACUAUUUCCGCAUCACACACAGACUGAAAGCGCCUCUUCAGCUCUGUUGAGGGUUUUUCAAGGGUUUAAUCACAGUCGCUACAUAACCCAGAAAUCAAAAUCACAAACCCAAGAAACCCUUUUAGAUCAGCCAUGAGAAGAGCUUCAUCUACAGUUAUUUCUUACAUCUCCCCACACACCAAAUCCUGUUUCUCUCUCCUCUCCAGGGACUUCACAAACCAUGUCUCCUUACAGCCCAUCACCACCAAUGAGCACAAUCACAAUCACCCAUCUCCGACCCAUCUCAAAAACUGCAACAAAACCAAUUGUUUACUCCUAUCAAAGAUCAAAACCCAGAAAUUCCAGGCACACCCAUCUCGAAAUUUAAACACCCUUGCGGACGAGGAAUCCCCACAAGUGUCCUCAAGGCAGAGAAAGAUAAAAGAGAGAUCACAACUUGAGGAGGCUUUUGAGUCUGCAAAUACCCCUGACGACAUGCUCAAAGCAUUCAAAGACAUGGAGGCCUGUUUCGAUGAGAAAGAGCUUGGAUUGGCUUGCUUGAAACUCGGCCUCAAAUUUGACCAAGAAGGUGAGGACCCUGAGAAGACUUUUUCUUUUGCUAAUAGAGCUUUGAAAGUAUUGGAUAGAGAUGGUAAAGCGUCUUUGCCUCUAGCUAUGACUUUACAAUUGUUGGGUUCUGCUUGUUAUAGCUCGAAAAGGUUUAAUGAUAGUUUGUCGUACCUUACUAGGGCUAAUAGGGUUUUGGGUAGGUUAGAGGAAGAGGGUUCUUGUAGAGUUGAAGAUACUAGACCGGUGCUUCAUGCGGUUCUGCUCGAGUUGGCGAACACGAAGACAGCAAUGGGAAGGAGGGAGGAGGCUCUUGUUACUCUUAAGAAAUGCUUGGAGAUUAAGGAAAUGACUUUGGAGAAAGAUAGUAAGGAACUUGGUAAUGCAAAUCGGGAUUUGGCAGAGGCAUACGUCGGGGUAUUGCACUUUAAGGAGGCAUUACCGUAUUGCUUGAAGGCAUUGGAGAUACAUAGGGAGCAAUUGGGGCAUAAUUCAGUUGAGGUUGCGCACGAUAGGCGGCUUCUUGGUGUUAUUUAUACUGGUUUGGAGGAACAUGAGAAGGCACUUGAGCAGAAUCAAUUGUCACAGAAGGUACUGAAGAAUUGGGGUCUCAGUUCUGAGUUGCUCCAUGCAGAGAUUGAUGCUGCCAACAUGCAGAUUGCAUUGGGGAAGUAUGAUGAGGCCAUCAAUAGUUUGAAGGGUGUUGUUCAGCAGACUGAUAAAGAGAGUGAUGAUCGAGCUUUGGUCUUCACUUCAAUGGCGAAAGCCCUGUGUAGUCAAGAGGAAUUUGCAGACUCAAAGAGGUGUCUUCAGAUUGCUUGUGGAAUCCUCGACAAGAAAGAGACUACAUCUCCAAAAGAAGUUGCUGAUGCAUAUGUGGAGAUAUCAAUGCAAUACGAGACAAUGAACGAGUUUGAUACUGCAAUUAAACUGUUAAAGAAAACACUGGCUAUGAUUGAGAGGAUACCACAAGAACAGCACGCUGAAGGAAGCCUUUCAGCAAGAAUUGGGUGGUUACUUCUCCUAACGGGCAAGGUCCAAGAUGCCAUUCCUUACUUGGAGAGUGCUGUAGAAAGAUUGAAAGAGAGCUUUGGUUCCAAGCAUUUUGGGAUUGGGUAUGUUUACAACAAUUUGGGUGCAGCAUAUUUGGAACUAGACAGGCCUCAGUCAGCUGCACAGGCCUUUGCAGUUGCAAAGGAUAUCAUGGACGUCUCCCUUGGUCCUCACCAUACUGAUUCAAUUGAUUCAUGUCAGAACCUUUCAAAAGCUUAUGGUGCCAUGGGAAGCUACGCCCUUGCAAUUGAAUUCCAGCAACGGGUAGUCGAUGCUUGGAAAGGCCAUGGUUCAAGCGCAAAAGAUGAACUCAAAGAAGCUUGCCGACUCCUUGAACAGCUAAAGACAAAAGCUCGUGGUGCUCUUGCGGAGGAGACUCUAAAGGACUUGCCCUUAUCUGACGAUAGUGAUAUGUCAGAGAGUGAGGAACCUGAUAUGCCAGAGAGUGAGGAACGAUCCCGUGCAAUUUAGUAGAAUUAUUCUAUAAAUUACUACAAUAUCAAGCACAGUACUGUAAGCUUCCUUUCUACUUGAAAUGGUGACGGUUAUUGGUUGCUAAUUUGAUUUCUUAAUAGUUUACGUGUAGCAACUAGCAAGUUAUUUAAGGUGCCCAAACAGAUUCUGAAAACCUACUGCUGCUAUUCUGUAAAGGAAAAUGAUAUUUCAUACUUGCAAAAUCAGCCUGGCAGAUGACUCUGUUUGUUAAUGGGUACGAUUUUUUGCUCU